CCCUGGGGCAGAGACGUGGUCCAUGGGCCCAAUCCAGGUCCUCAAAGGGAGAGCAGGUCUGAGCCCUCGUCCUCUGAAGUGAGAAAUCUCAUCUCCCACUACAGACCUGCCAGGGCCCAGGAGAGUUCGACCCACCCAGGCACACCACAGCAGCAGAAAUGGCUUGGGACACAGGAGUAUGGAAGCAGAUGUUUCAGGAGUUAAUGCGGGAGGUGAAGCCAUGGCACAGAUGGGCCCUGACGCCAGACAGAGGCCUUCUUCCCGACGUCCUGAAGCCAGGGUGGAUGCAAUACCAGCAGUGGACCUCCGCCAGGUUCCAGUGUUCCUCCUGCUCUCGCAAUUGGAACUCUAGCCAAGUUCUGGUCCUUUUCCACAUGCACUGGAGUGAGGAGAAGUCCAGGGGCCAGGUGAAGAUGAGGGUGUUUACCCAGAGCUGUAAGAAGUGCCCCCAACCUCUGUUUGAGGCCCCUGAGUUCACGCAAGAGAACACCUCAAGGGUCCUGAAAAACCUUGUCUUCCAAAUUCUGAAGAAAUGCUAUAGAGAAAGAUUUCAGUUGAUAGAGGAGGUUCCUGUGAUCAAGGACAUCUCUCUGGAAGGGUCCCAUGAUAGUGACCACUGUGAGGCAUGUCUGCAGGGUUUCUGUGCUCGGCCCUUACAGAUUAUGAACCUCCCCCAAUCUUGGACCCCAAGAGUAUACUCCAUUUACAACGUGGAGGAGGGAGUUGAGCCCUGGCCCUCAAGAGAGAAUGGCUGUUCCAACGCAUGCCAGAACCACACCUGUAGGAACUUAAGCAUUUCCUGCUGUUGUGUCAUUCUCAUUGUUAUCGUGAUCAUUGUUGUAAAAACUACUAUAUGAGCCUUGGAAACAUGAUGCCAAGUGGAAAAAAAAUCAGAUGCAAAAUUCACAUGUUGUAUGAUUUCAUUUUUGUGAAAUGUCCAGAAUAGGUAAAUUUAUUAGACGAAUUGCUAGCAGGGCCUGGGGAAAGUGGGAGACAGGAAGCAACUAUUUAAUCCUCAGAGGGUUCUUUUUGCAGGGGAUAGUGUUGUGAUGCAGAUGUUUUGGGCUGAGACAGAGGUGUGGUUGCACAACACUGCCAAUGCAGUAAAUGUCAUUGAACUGUUCACUUUCAA